CACCGUGUUCGGGAACGUGGUGUGCAGUGGGCUCCUGAGUGACCCCCUCUGGCAUUUGGGAGUGCCCCUUUUCACAAGACUGUGGAACUGGGACUCCAGUGGAGGAAUGCUGGAGGCAGCUGUCAAAGCCAGCCCGCUACUACCGCUGCUGCUGCUGCUGCUGCUACUGCUGCUCUAGCAGAGCCCCACUCCGCACUCCACCAGCACUCAUCUGACUCACCAAUAAGAGACGGCACACACACACACACACUCACACGCGCGCACACACACACACUCACUCUCACACUCACACACGCUCACUCAUUCACAGAGUGAGAGAGCUCUCAGACCCACAGAGACACAGAGAGAGAAGCAAAAGUCAGUGGGAGAGGAGAGAAAGAGAGGUGUGAGAGGAGAAGAGAGAAAGAGAGAAGGAGAGAGAGUCGUAAGGAAAACUGAGGCAUAUCAAAGAGAGAGAGAGAGAGAAAAGAGGUUAGUGAUCCCGUCAAUCCCAUCCCGGUUUCCCCCCCUGCUUUUCUGAAAGAGACGGACGGACACAAAAAAAAAAAAUCAAGCGAGCAAGCACAAGAAGCGGGCCUCCGGACAGGACACAAAAAAAAAGUGGAAAGAAAAAAAAAAGAAGAAAAGCCAAGAAGACAAGAAAAGAAACGAAAAAACAAUUAACUAAAAGAGGAGAAGAAUUGAGAAGAGAAAAAAAGGACGUGUGCGUUGCAUGCAGGCAAGAGAGGGAGGAGCCUGCUGACCCAGAGAGAGAAGUGGAGCAGUGGAACCCGCGCUGCUGUCCUCAAACCGCUCGGGCUGGACUUGUCCCACCAUUGUCUCCCCCCCCCCCCUCACCCCAGUCCUCUCCGCGCCUGCACGCCACGCCACGCCACGCCACGCUCGCUCCCGACCCCGCGGCCGAAAUGAUGAUGUAUUUUUGGGGUAACCAAGAGGCGGCCAACCCCCCAGAAGCGAUGGCCCAGCCCUACACCCCGGCGCAGUACCCACCGCCCCCCCCACAGAACGGCAUGCCGGCGGAGUUUGCGGCGGCGCACCCGCUCCCGCCGCAGGACUUCACGGGCCAGAGCCGGGUGCCGGAGCACGCGCUGACCCUCUACACGCCCACACAGACGCACAGCGAGCCCGUCGGCAACGACACCAGUCCGCCCAUCAUCAGCGCCAACCCCGCCAACGUCAACACAGACGACGUGACGCAAACAGAGGUCUCCCAGCAGCUCCAGCUCCAGCACUCAGAGUCCUCAGAAAAGCAGCAGCCCAAGCGGCUCCACGUCUCCAACAUCCCCUUCCGCUUCCGGGACCCCGACCUGCGGCAGAUGUUUGGGCAAUUUGGCAAGAUUUUAGAUGUGGAGAUAAUCUUCAACGAGCGAGGAUCUAAGGGCUUUGGUUUUGUAACUUUUGAAACGAGCACAGAUGCCGAUCGCGCACGGGAGAAACUAAACGGUACAAUCGUAGAAGGACGCAAAAUCGAGGUGAACAACGCAACAGCACGAGUGAUGACCAACAAAAAAGUGACAAACCCCUACACAAACGGCUGGAAGCUGAAUCCUGUAGUGGGCGCUGUCUAUGGUCCUGAACUCUACGCUGUAACUGGUUUUCCGUACCCAGCCACCGGAGCCACAGUCGCCUACAGGGGGGCCCACCUGAGAGGGCGGGGCCGGGCCGUGUACAACACCUUCCGCACGGCACCCCCGCCCCCUCCCAUCCCAGCGUACGGAGCAGUGGUUUACCAGGAUGGCUUCUACGGUGCAGAGAUCUAUGGGGGCUAUGCUGCAUACAGAUAUGCUCAGCCCACCACUCCUGCAGCCUACAGUGACAGCUAUGGCAGAGUCUAUGCAACGCCGGACCCUUACCACCACACGAUCGGCCCAGCCACCACCUACAGCGUGGGGACCAUGGUGAGUGACAUCCUCCUCCACACCCUGCUGCACUCACACACACACAUCCACUCAUACAAACACACACAUACACACACAUGUCAGAAUAUUAGUGUCUUACAUAUGAGCACAGUACCGUCCAUAAGAGAGACGUUUCGAUAUCUGCUCAUUCACUCCACCUAGUGGCCACUCAAUAGCACUGUUACAGUGUUGGUUGGAGUUGGCGUACUGAGACUACACAUUUGCCUCCCUAAAAUGACUGCGACCACAGACUCUAGACUGAUAUGUGUCUGAUAUGUGUUAGAUGGUUAUUGCUGACACACGACUAAUCACAAUCUGCCUCAUACAAACGUUUCCUGCUGUGAGCACACUCUCCUACAAGAAUCAAGUCAGCUGGUUAAUGUUUGUUUUUAGCUAGCGUUUGCAGCUUUACAUCAAAGAUGAAAAGUCAAAAUCAGUGAAAAGGCAAUUCCUUUUUUUGAAAAGAAAGAGAAAUAUAUUCUCUAACUUUUAUUUUAUUUUCCCUUUUCUUUGGAGAGCGUGGGAGGGGGCUCUUAUUUUUCCUCUGAUAUGAGCAACUGUUAACCGCAUGCAGCAGUGUGCCGUGGGACAUGAAAGGGGGGAGAGAGAGAAAAAAAAAGAAAGAGGGAGAAUGGAGGAAAGAAGGGAUGGAAAGAGUAUUGUCUCACCAUCUUCUUCCACCCUUAAGUUUUGAUUGGGCUAUCACUCUCUCCGUUAGGUUAGCAACUCAAAUACUUAGCAUUUUCCGGCAUGCAUGCGAUUUUCUUUUUUUGUCCUCAAAAACAAUAA